AUGUCCAGUAAAAAGAAACAAGAAACUCGUUUUAGUCUCAAUUCUCCUGUAUUAACUGUUAACCAAGAGGCAAAUACAGUUUCAAGUCGAAGUCGAACUGAAGCUGAAAAGUCAGUAAUAAAAACACGAAAACCUCCACCAGUUCUUCCGAAAUUAUUACCAUAUACACCACCUGAUGCACUUAUGUUUCGUUUAUUCAAUGCUAUUCAACGUAGAGCAUGGAUACGAGCAAGACGAUUAUGCUAUGAACUUAUUUUAUGUGAUCCAUUAAGAAAAAAUUAUCGUGAUCUUUAUUAUCAAAUUGAUCAAAUCAUCACACUUAUUGAAAGACGUGUUCGUCCAAAAGCCGCACUUAUUAAUCAAGUGGCAACUGCAAGUAGAGCAACAACUGCAAGUAGUAAUAGUAGUAGUAGUGAUGAGGAACAAUAA